UUGAAAUAGAAUAGCCCUUACCUGUUAGGUAAAUUUCAAAAUGGCGAAAUCAAGAGGUGACUGGCUCCUCGUAGCAGGGCUAGUAUUUUCGGGAUUUGCUCUUCUUUUUCUUGUUAUUGGUUUCGCGACACCACAUUGGUUGGAACUAGACACUAAGUUUAUAACAAACAGUGGGUUUGAAAAGCUUGGAUUGUGGGAAGCGUGCUUUAACAACUGGGCAUAUUACAGAGACUACACUGGCAAAACUUACAACGGAUGUUGGUGGAUCUUUUCGUACGAAUAUCGUCCAAUAUGGAGUUAUAUCAACCCUCCAUGGUUCCUUGGAAUCCAAGUAAUGAUGACAUUGGCUUUACUAGCAGAGACUUCAGUGGUAUUACUGGCAGUGUUGUUCCUGAUUGGAUGUUGCCCAGGGAGAAAUAGUGUCUGUGGACUAUUUAUUCUUGGUGGUAUAGGAUUAUGUUCAGGUAUUUUGACAGCCAUAUGUACCGUUAUAUUUGGAGCGAAGUCUGUUGUGGACAGACAAUGGAUAGAGAAUCCAGAUAAAAAUUUCCUGUCCUGGUCGUUCGGAUGUGUUGUAUUUUCUGGUUUCCUAAUCCUGUUUGGAGGAAUGUGCAUCAUUGUAUCUGCUCUACAGGUGCGAUUAGCAAACCAGUACAGCCACAGGGCCAAGCCAUACGCAGGAUACGAAGCUAGACACGAACCUCCUUAUUACUCAUAAGAGGUCAAAGGUUGAAGCUUCUGACUUCUUGUUAUGUACAUCUUUUUCAUUUUGAAAAAAAAAAAAUUAUUUAAUGUACAGGUGUCAUUCUUGAUCUGUGCGGUCUUCAAAGAUUCGUUUACAUUUGUUGGAGUAGACUUUUUAAUGUCUUUUACAUGUUUUAUACAUCUACAUUUUGUACAUGUACUCACAAGGUUUUUUUAAAUGAAUUUAAAUUUUAGUGAUUAUUUUUUGGGGCAAAUUGACACAAGUUCUAUUGAUGUAUUUUAAGAAUAAAAUAUAUAAUUUGUAUCCAGGUGGUGAAAUAUUGGAUUUUUUUCUCUUAUUUUGACAAAUUAAGACUAGUACUAUAAAAAAAAGGCUUGCAUUUUAUGCAAAAUGCAAUAAAUGAAUGAUUGCUUUAAAUAGUUGUCUUAUAAACAAAAUGCCAUCUUCAUACAUGUUUUUAAAUACCUUCUCUGUUUUUGGAAAAAAUAUGAAGAUAUAAUUUUUGAAUUUCAAAUAAGAAUUUUUUGAAACUUUUCCAUUAUUUUUUUUAAAUUGUAUAUACAUAUACAGUUUUGUACAUGCACAAAGUUAUCAAAUGAAAAAAAAAUCAGAAAAUAUGUGUAAAUACAUUCCAUUUUUUUUAUAAAUUUAAAUUUUUUAAUAAUUAUUUUGUGUAAUAUAUUUGUAAAUAAUAUAAGCCUCUAGAGACAGAGUCUCAACACUGUACAUACUCAUUUUAUUAAGCAAGAUAUAUAUUUCUAAAUUGUGUAAUGUAUCAUAAUAUCAUGUGCCAUUGUUGUAUAUUUUUGCCAUGGUGAGAAAAUGUAUUCUAUUUUGAGAUACUUGUACUAAUUUGAAAUUGACUAGUUGUGUGAAACAUACCAUUUUAAAAAAUUAUGAGUCCCAGCAAUGUGCAAAUUGAAAACUUUAGUGAGUCCCAUCAGAAAUGCAUUUGUUUGCUCUCAUCAGAAUAAAUUGCAAGAAUUCCUGGUUUUGAAUCAAUUUUUUUUUUAAUCUCUCAUGUAGAUGUUUGAACUGUUGAUAUUUAAAUUAAAAUCUCUUAAAAACUUCAAAAUAAGAUAAUAUAAGAUUUUUAUUAAUUAGAUAUGCCAUGUUUCCUUUUUUAUAGAAAUGGCCAUUGCAACAAAAUGUACAAACUCAUUCAGAUCACGUUAUCAUUACCAGACUUGACUGCAUAAUAUAAAUAAUUUUAAAAAGAAAGAUAUAAGUUAUAAUUUGUAGUCAAGGAUAAUAAUUUUAAUAUAUUGGUACUUUUAACUCUUAUAUCUCUCAUAUUAAUAGCAAUUUUAUGUCAAUAUGAAAAAUCAUUUAAAUCACAAGUCAUCAUUCAAAUCUUUAAAAGGGAAGCUACUCACUACACAAAUUGAGAAUCAGACAAAAAUAACUCUUUUCUGUUACUCAGCAUGGUUGUUAACAGAUUUUUUUUUUAUUUAAAUGUAAGUUGUAAAUUUUGUUGUUCAUAUUUAUUAUUGGAAUAAUUUUAUCACAAGUGGUUAUCAUCCAAUCACAUUUGAAUAUUGAAUAUCAUUGAGGAGGACAAAGGACACCUCUUAAUAUUGAUUGCAAAUUUUUUUAGAAAAGUUUUCAAAUAUUCAGCUUUAAUCAUUUCUGAUGAAUGUAAAAAGAAACACUUAAAAAUUCUCAUUUUUUUUUUUCUUUUUUUU